ACUGCAAACAAGUGUGACACCGGCAUAUCAAAGUAAGUAAUUCUAGUGCCUCCAAUUCGGUUAGGUCAACUGGUAUUUGUUAGCUAAACGAUGAAAAUUCACAAAUUCAAAAAAGCAUUAGUCCGUCUUGAUCGUCAUGCUCUAUGAAACGUCGUCGUUAAAUGCACAGCUUGUAUUUAACAUAACAAAAAGGCGAAAGAGUUUGAAGAAAGAAAAAGCGAGUGAAGUGAAUUGCAAAGUGCAAUGUUGGGUGACGCCACUAACUGGGACGAAAAUGCAUACAAAGAAACCGUAUUGAAGGAAAUAGAGAUUCAAACUCAAACCGUUUUCAGAACAGCUUGGUCUCCAUCUCAAUCUUCUCAAACCCCUAACCUCAACUCUCUCAUCGUUGCUUCAAGUGACGGUUCUAUCGCCUCUUACUCCAUCCCCGCUUCAAUUUCCGCUUCUAAGCUUAAAAAUCCAUUUGGUUUUACCGAUACGGAUAAUUUUGUGGCUGAGCCAGAUUGCUUCUUUCAAGCGCAUAAUGGGGCUGCAUAUGAUGUCAAAUUCUAUGGCUAUGACGAUGAAAAUGCCCUGUUGUUGAGUUGCGGUGAUGAUGGCCGAAUUCGAGGAUGGAGAUGGAAGGAACUUACAAGCUCAAAGCAUUAUAUUUGUUCAGAAGGAAAUGAUAUCAAGCCUAUCCUUGAUGUGGCAAAUCCUCAACACAAAGGUCCUUGGGGUGCACUUUCACCUAUCCCUGAGAAUAAUGCUAUUGCUGUUAAUACUCAGGCAGGGUCUGUUUUCGCUGCUUCUGGUGAUUCUUGUGCAUAUUGUUGGGAUGUGGAAUCUGGUAAAUUAAAAAUGGUAUUCAAGGGUCACUCUGAUUACUUGCAUUGUAUUGUUGCUCGCAACUCGUCCAAUCAGAUCAUAACAGGUUCAGAGGACGGGACAGCUCGAAUUUGGGAUUGCAAAAGUGGAAAGUGUAUCCAAGUUAUUGAUCCAGCAAAAAAUUUGAAGUUAAAAGGACCUGUUUCAUGGGUCGGCUCUGUUGCUUUAGAUGCAAGUGAGAGCUGGUUGGCUUGCAGUAGUGGACAUAAUAUAUCACUUUGGAACCUUCCUGCUUCAGAGUGUAUUUUAAAUUUUUCCACUCGAGCUUCUGUACAGGACAUGUUAUUUGACAAUAAUCAGAUUCUGACUGUUGGUGCAGAUCCUAUACUAAAUCGCUUUGACAUGAACGGUGCAAUCCUUUCACAAAUACCGUGUGCUCCUCCAUCAGCUUUUUCUAUCUCCUUACAUCCAGCUGGGGUUAUUGCCGUUGGUGGUUACGGGUGUCUUGUGGAUGUUAUCUCCCAAUUUGGCAGCCACAUGUGCACCUUUCGUUGCCAAUGUAUUUACUUUACGUCAAAUAGUAGGAAGGGUGACACGUGUAAAGAUGCUUUUGGUCUGGAGCAUGGGAAGGGAAAAGGCAGAAAAAAUCAGACUCUUUGCUUUCUUCCCUCAACUCCGCGGCGUAGAUCCGGGGAGUUUUUGGGAAACCCUAACUCCGUUCAUUAUCACCGCCGCUAUUCACUCUCUUCAACCUUACUCUUCAUCAUCCAAGUUAUGGCAGGAGAAGCACCCGAGGGGUCACAGUUCGAUGCUAAAAAAUAUGAUGACAAAAUGAAUGACUUAAUUGCUGCUGAUGGAGAGGACUUCUUUGGAACUUCUGAUGAGGUUUAUGAUAGUUUUGAUGCUAUGGGCUUGCAAGAGAAUCUUCUCAGAGGAAUUUAUGCUUAUGGUUUCGAAAAGCCAUCAGCCAUUCAGCAAAGGGGAAUAGUUCCCUUCAUCAAGGGACUUGAUGUUAUUCAACAGGCUCAGUCUGGAACUGGGAAGACAGCAACUUUCUGCUCUGGUAUUCUGCAGCAACUUGACUACAAUGUCACUCAGUGCCAAGCCUUGGUUUUAGCCCCAACUCGUGAGCUGGCUCAGCAGAUUGAGAAGGUUAUGCGUGCACUUGGAGAUUAUCUAGGUGUGAAGGUGCAUGCUUGUGUGGGAGGUACAAGUGUUCGUGAAGAUCAGCGCAUUCUAUCCGGUGGCGUUCAUGUUGUGGUUGGUACUCCUGGUCGUGUGUUUGAUAUGCUGCGCAGACAGUCUCUUCAGCCUGAUUAUAUCAAAAUGUUUGUGUUGGAUGAGGCUGAUGAAAUGCUUUCCCGAGGUUUCAAAGAUCAGAUCUACGAUAUAUUUCAACAGCUGCCAGGUAAGAUUCAAGUUGGAGUUUUCUCUGCUACAAUGCCUCCCGAGGCACUGGAGAUCACUAGGAAGUUUAUGAACAAACCUGUGAGGAUCCUUGUGAAGCGUGACGAGCUCACCUUGGAAGGUAUUAAGCAGUUCUAUGUUAACGUUGAGAAGGAGGAAUGGAAGCUGGACACACUCUGUGAUCUUUAUGAGACCCUAGCCAUCACUCAGAGUGUCAUUUUUGUGAACACCAGAAGGAAAGUUGAUUGGUUGACUGACAAGAUGCGAAGCCGAGACCAUACAGUCUCAGCAACUCACGGAGACAUGGAUCAGAAUACCAGGGACAUUAUUAUGCGUGAAUUUCGUUCUGGGUCUUCCCGUGUUUUAAUAACUACCGAUCUCUUGGCACGUGGUAUUGAUGUCCAACAAGUGUCUCUGGUUAUUAAUUUUGAUCUCCCUACACAGCCUGAGAACUAUCUCCACCGUAUUGGUCGUAGUGGAAGGUUUGGUAGAAAAGGUGUUGCUAUUAACUUUAUCACUAAGGAAGAUGAAAAGAUGCUGUCUGAUAUCCAGAAGUUUUACAAUGUGAUAGUUGAGGAGUUGCCAUCAAAUGUUGCGGAGCUCCUCUGAUGAGAUUUUGUCCUCCCUCCUAUUAGACAAAGAUGAGUACUUUUGGUAAGUGUUAUGUAAUGUUUAUUUCCCGUCUUUUUGGUUGUAUUUCCGCCUUUGAUACAUUGUUUGAUAGUCUUUUUAAUUUAAGUUGCAUUGUGAGUGGUCUGAAUGAAUAUUCAAGGGAAGUACUUACAUUGUGGACUCCCAUUAUUGGCCAAAAUGGUGUUUGACACUCGUUGCACUUUUCUAGAAGGCAGUUUUUGUAGUGUGUACUGCAUUUUAAUUUUACUUGAACGUUAAAGUACAUUGAUGUGGGUUUACAACUUAUUUGGAAGUGAUGCGGGAUGAAAUGUGGUGUGGCCAUCUAGCAUUAGACUCAAGUUGAGAUUUAAAUGCUUUUAUCUA